CUGAUUUUCCGCAUGGAUCGACCUCCCCACGAUUACGGUCCUCCCAUGGCUUACAGUCAGCAACAGCAACAGCAGCAGCAGCAGCAGCAGCAGUAUACCCCUACACCACCGCCGUCCGAUCCCGAGCUCCAGAAGCGCAUCGACAAACUGGUCGAGUACGCCGUGAAGAAUGGGCCCGAGUUCGAGGCCGUUGUCCGCGAAAGGGAACAGGAUAACCCUGCCUACGCCUUUCUCUUCGGUGGGGAUGGCCAUAGUUACUACCGUUACAAGCUCUUUGUGUCAACAAGGCCGUUUAAUCCUCCUUUCCCGCCUUCAAUCCCGGCCAUGCAUCCUCCUCCCAAUCCCAUGAUGGGCCUUGGGCCCGUUAAUGCUCACCUACAGCAGCCUCAGUUUGGGGUGUAUUACGAACAGCAGCAGCUCACUCAUCCAGCUCAGCCGAUGGUGGGCCCUGGCCGCCCUGAAUUACUCGAUCAGGCUUACGGCAGGCCUUUCAAGGGUCUUUCCAGGCCACUGCCUUUGGAUGUGGAGAUGGAGAUGAACGGGAUCCUGAACAACUUGACAGGUACGAAAGAGUCGAUAAAGAGCGCGAAGACUUGGUUUAUGCAGAGGUCGCCCUUUCUGCCGGCUUUGGCUGAGGCGCUUCGGGACCGGGUGUUCUCGUUGGACGAUUCUGAGAGGCAGCUGCAUAUUGUUUACCUUGCGAAUGAUAUUCUGUUUGACAGCUUGCAGAGGCGUGUCAACCCUCAGGAGCUCGACAAUGAGGCCCUUGCAUUUAAACCGGUUUUGGGUUCUAUGCUGGCAAGGAUAUGCCAAAACCCACAGAACAAGGAUGAAAACCAGUCACGUCUUCAGAAAAUUUUGCAAUUCUGGGCCACAAAGGAGGUUUAUGAUCAGGAUACUAUUUUUAGGCUUGAAAAUGAGAUGAUGAGUGGAUUGCCACCACAUCCUUUUUCAGGUCCUCACACAGAUGCAUCUGCUGUUGCUGGAGCCACGCCAGGAAUGCACCCGAUGUCUAACCAUAAUCAGCUGCAUUGGCAGGCAGACAAGCAAAAACCCAUACCCGACGAAGAAUAUCCCGAGAAGCAGGCUCCCUCAAUUCCCCCCCUGCCACCUCAGCAGUUCCACCCCCCUCCCGUCAGCUUCACUCCCAUCCCACAGCCAAAUCUCCAAACCCCUCCACCAAAAAUGCCUCCCCCAUACCCUCUUUUCCCUCCUGGCCUCAUUCCUGGCAUGGUUCGGAAAAUGCAAAUCGGAAGUGGAGUUCCAUACUCACCCAUGAGCCCACUCGACAUCCCCACUAUUAUCCCUCCCUCAACUGUACCCCCUUCUGAAGUCCUUGAAAGGGUCUCGAAAUUCUUUAGGGAGAUUGGUGAGGUCAACCCGUCUGUUAAUCAGACGGAAUCUGGUGAUGAUGAGUACGUGAGAGAAGAAGAGUUUGUUGUACGCAAGGGAGGGGCGUGCAUUCCACCGCCACCGGGCCUGAAUGAUGAUGAUGUCAGCGCGGAGCAGAAGCCCGGUUCUGGCAGGCUAGGGCUUGGGGCGGCAGCUGACUCGAACGAGCCGAGCCAGUAUGACGAUGUGUACUCUUCGUAUAGGAAGCAGAGAAGCUCUAAUUACCACACGUCCAUGACUGCAAGAGCGUCGACAAGGUGAAAGGAGGUGAGAGAUCGAAAAUGAAAGAAAGCAACUAUGUAUUCUGCAAGUCCGAUAUGGUUCUUGAAAAUCCUUUUGUGCGCGAAACGGAUGUU